AGAAAAGACAGAUUGAUCUACAAAUCGUGCGAGUGAAUCGAGUGAGCUGCACGAUUUUCUUUCGGUUUUUCAUUUGCCAAAUCGACGAUCGAUACUUUGCAAACGCAUUUUUCGAACACCAAACUCUACGUAAAUAUGAUUAAACUAGAGGUCGAUCUGGUCGAACAGAUACCGCAGCUCCGACGAAUGUCAGCUACUGAACGAGCGAAGGAAAAGGAAGAGAUAAACAGCGUAGUUUCCGGUAAAAACAUCCUUGUCACCGGUGGUGCAAACGGUCUAGGAGCAGCUUUUGUUAAAGUUUUUUUGCAGCACGAUAUCAACAAAGUAACGAUAAUCGACGUCGACAACGUCAAGGGACAAAUGUCAGCGUCGGCGAUAAACAAAACAGCCGGAUAUGAAAAGGCUACUUACAUUCGCGCAGACGUUACCAAACACGAAGAGAUGAUCGAUGCGUUUAAAAAAUCCUCCGAAGCUAUGGACGGUAUUGAUAUCGUUAUAAACAACGCUGGUAUUCUCGACGAGAGAAGAUGGGAGAGGGAAAUAGCUGUUAAUAUCAAUGGAAACGUUUCCUGCGCACUUCUUGCCAUCGAGCACAUGGCCAUGGACAACGGUGGUCGUGGAGGAGUCUUGAUAAACGUGGCACAGCAUUGCAACAGCGAGACGAGUGCCCAGCUGCCAAUAUACACAGCGACCAAAUGGGCGAACAUCGGCUUCUCGAAGGCUCUGGGGACUUCGCAUCACUUCGAGAAGAAAGGCAUUCGCAUCAUAACUCUGUGUCCAGGCCUCACAGAGACAGCUUUGACAAUCGACGGUCCGAAUAAGCUUCUUUCGAGGGUGAUGAAGGCCGAUUUUGUCAAGAAUCUUGAACAGCUUCCGAUACAAACGUCGGUCGCUGUGGCAAAGGGCUUGAUGACUAUUAUGUGUAGCGGCGAACACGGCAGCAUUUGGGUCAUCGAGAACGGGGCGCAUCCUUACGAAGUCUGCAUCCCUGAGCCACAUGCCUUGCGUCGCACCUUCAAAGACAAUUACGCGAUGGAUCUAGAGAUGCAGCAGGUGAAAAAAAGGCUGGCGAGGGAUAAUCACGGGAACACACAGGCUCCGGUUGGCCUGGCGACAUGUGGAUAAGAGGAACGCCGAGGAAUAGGCGUUCAAUUUUUAAAUUAAUCAAGUAUAACAUUAAUAGUUAGUUAUAAUCUGUAUUUUUUUUUACGCCUGGAACGAUUUAGCGAUAUUAACAACAUUAUUAAUCGUUCGAGAAAAAGGUUUGUGUCCUGGCUGAGUGUCGGUAACGGAAUCUGUAUCGAGAACUUUAUCGAGGGAUAAUCGAACGAUUAGCUAUUUCUCGUUGUCUUCGUUUCACUUUUAAUUGUACCGAGAUAUAUUCAACCCGCCAGGCUGAGAGACGAAAAAAACAUGACAAAAAAAAAAAAAAAAAAAAAAAACGAAAACAUACUGAAAACCGAAAAUUUACACGUUGACUGAUAAGUAUCGAAUUUUAGAUUCUAUAUUGUACUGAUAAUUAUGUGUAUAGUAAGAAAUGGAAACAUGCUCACAUUUGGGCAUAAAACUGCAGCUUAUGCAAGUGUUCAGUUGGAAUAAUUAGGCAGUAUUAUUGAAUACUGCGAUUUAUUUUUAUGACUGAUUUUAUAAUUACCUACUUGAAUAAUUGGAAUUGAUGGAAUUUCUCUGCCAUCCCAUCUUUAGAUAAUUUACCCAUGAUGUACAUAUACAAACUAAUUCUAAGUCUGAAGUAUAGGUACAUACAGUAAUCUGCCCACCCCUGUAAUAUGCAACCAUGCUAAAGUUAAGUGUAUUCAAUAAAAAAUAAACUAUUUUUAUAAGCGAA